CGAUAAUUCAAACAAUUGAUGGAUCUUGGAUUGCUAGGUGUACCUGCCGUAGGUGGGGAGGUGAGAUCCGCGGGUACCUGACGGAGAACCCCUGCAAGGAGAAGGUCAUCUGGGAAAGGGCAGCUGAUAACAUGUCUUAUCAAUUGCGAUACCGUGGACUGGGAGCUUAUCCACAGCGGUUCCGGCUGAGCUCUGAACUUGUUGACCUCAUUUCCCAACCUCUCUCCUGUUGAUCCUCCAGAACAUUAACUACCUAAUUUCUCUGCAUAGACGGCGUCUAAAAGAACUUUACAUUCUGUUGAAAUCUCUUGCGACCAGGUACCUAGUUUAUCUGCAAAUCGAAAGCCGUUUAUUCAAUCAUGACUCGACACACGUCCGACUUCCUACGGCAACGCAGCUCCAACAUGUCUUUACGAAGCGUUGCUGCUGCCAAUUCCUUAAACACCUCUCGAUUAUCCAGCUUCGCGAACCCUUCCGAAUUCGAGAAGAAGAAAACGAUGUCCGAUGCUGAAAAAGCAUUCAUUGUAGGCAAUUUGGCUGGCUGUGGCUGGUUGAGCCUUUGCGAUUCUUGCUACCGAGACUUACCAGAGCAUCAUACCGAAUCACUCGCCCUCCGACUCAGAGACGACCGAAACUCCUGCUCCUUGUGUAAAGUCAUGUCAACGAAGCCUGAGGCUUUCACCGAACCCUUCCUUAAGUUUAUGCAGGAAAAUCCUACCAUAUUCCAUGCUGUUGGUUAUUUCAAGGACAAGGCAUCAUCCCUUGGUUACAAGGAACUUCCCGCACGGGAUGAUUGGUCCGGAAAACUCGAGGCUGGUGGCAAAUAUUUCGUGACGCGAAAUGGUACCUCCGUCAUCGCAUUUACGGUUGGAAAGGCAUUUAAGCCUGGUAACGGUGUUGCUAUGGUUGCAGGUCAUAUCGAUGCUUUGACCGCGAAGCUCAAGCCUGUCAGCAACAAACCAACUAAGGCUGGCUAUGUUCAGCUAGGUGUCGCCCCAUACGCUGGUGGUCUAAACGAAACUUGGUGGGAUCGGGAUCUUAGCAUCGGAGGUAGAGUUAUUGUACGAGAUGAGUCCGGCAAGACCUCAAGCAAGCUCGUCAAACUCGACUGGCCCAUUGCUAAAAUACCCACACUCGCACCGCAUUUUGGCGUUGGGAUAAUGGGCCAACAAAACAAGGAGACUGAGGCUGUGCCAAUUAUCGGACUUGACAAUUCUGACAUUUCAUCAUCAACGGCUCAACCUCUCGGUCCGGCUGGAUCGUUUGCCGCCACCCAGCCGCCGAGACUCGUCAAAAUAAUUGCGAAGGAGCUUGGUAUAGAAGACUACUCGCAAAUUGUAAAUUGGGAACUAGAGCUCUUUGAUCUCCAGCCCGCAACAGUGGGUGGAUUGGAUAAGGAGUUCAUAUUCGCGGGCAGGAUCGAUGAUAAGUUAUGCAGUUGGGCUGCAUUUGAGGGAUUACUAGCCUCGGAAGCAAACGACGACGACGGAAUCAUAAAGCUAGUUGCACUUUUUGACGACGAAGAGAUUGGUUCUCUUCUGCGCCAGGGCGCUAGGGGUAAUUUCUUGCCUUCUGUCAUCGAGAGAACGGUGGAAUCGUUGUGCGGGGAGAGCAAGACGUUCGGUCCUGGUAUCCUAGGCCAGACGUACGCACAAUCGUUCCUCGUAUCGGCCGAUGUCACCCACGCCGUGAACCCCAACUUCCUAGGCCGUUAUCUAGAGGAUCACACACCUCGACUUAACGUUGGAAUAUCUAUCGCUGCGGAUAGUAAUGGUCACAUGACUACGGAUUCAGUCUCGACCGCUAUAAUCACCAGAGUUUGCGAGUUGAGCGACUGCACACCACAAGUUUUCCAGAUUCGAAACGACUCGAGAAGCGGUGGCACAGUCGGUCCUAUGCUAAGUAGUGCCUUGGGCGUCAAGUCCAUCGACGCGGGAAUGGCUCAGCUUAGCAUGCAUUCUAUCCGUGCUACCUGUGGAUCAUUGGAUCCUGGUCUGGGUGUCAAGUUCUUUAAGGGAUUCCUGGACAAGUGGGAGAAGGUUGAUGCCGAGUGGCAAUGAACUUACCAAGUUUUCAACUUGGAGUCAUUAUCUUCGACGUGUACGAACAUGUAAUAUGUAUGUUAAUAUCUGUCCAGUUGUCUCUAAAGGGCACAUUGAUUGGGUAUAUAGAGAUAUAGAGUUGACUGUUUAGAGCUAGACGGGUUUCUCCAUGGAUGCUAGGAUAUCCGGUAAUACAUAGAAAUUUUAUACUUCAUGGUGCUGUAAGCA